UUUACUUGUAUCGAUUGAACCUUACCUGGAACGCAACUAAAAUAACAUUCAAAAAAAUAUGCUUAGACAAGAAAAUUUAGCAGCAAAUUUUUGCGGUUUGUUGUCUGCCCAAGGAUUUAAGGAAAAGGCUGUUGAAUGGCGGGUUCUUGGUCAGGAACGCGAUGGGUCAAUGCUUACGGCUUGGAUUUUCGAGGAUUUGCAUUCCAAAGUCCGAGAGUCGUGCAUUGGCCAUUUUAACGCAACUUCAAAAACUUUGCGCAUACUACAUCGUUUUGUUAAAACGUGUCGCGAAAUAAUACAGGCAACGAUCAACAGUAGUGGUACCUUGUUGGUGUAUGUUGAGAAAAUAACAUAUUCUAAAGACAACGCGGAAGCUCGACCACAUUAUGAAGCCCACAUUGUUGAAACAUGUAAUCCACAAGAGCGUGCGCGCGCUACAUCUUUGUUGGAUACGCCAACACGUCGACAAACAAUGGCGCAGUUUUUAUGGCGAACGGAAAAGUCGUCGGCGAAGCAAUCAGGUCAAGAAAAAUUUCUGUUGCUAAUUCAUAAGACUUCGAUAAUACAGUACGUUUGCACAUUGAAACAAAGAAAAGCGAAUAAAGAAAUUCCCAAUGAUUUCACUGAAUGUAACCAUUUAGAUAAAUGGUAUUUAGACAUCAAUAUGCUUGUUUCCGAGACGAUUGCUAAGAAUUUUAAUUGGGCUCAGUGGGAUUCAGACAGCCAAGCAUUAUAUUAUAUCCAUCUGAAGCCAAAAUCAAAAAGCUUGAGCCUCAUGGAACGCGCGGAAACAGAAAAAAAUAAGGAAAACGAAUUAAGUCCCACCCUCUCAGCUUUUCAGUUCAACGAUAAAUUGCCUACUGAGACUGUAUUUUUUUUUUUUCGUUUUCUCAAGUUAAAUAUUCCGUUGAAUCUUCCAAAAUUACCCCAAGGCACUUUCGAUUGUGAACCUGUUUAUGAAGACGAUUCGGUUCCACUUAGAGUUCAUGAUUCCUCACUUAAUCUAAUUAUAUUGACUAAUGACUCCGGCAUGCUGUUUGUAUGCCACUAUUAUCUGUAUCAACCUAUAGAACCGAAAAAUGUAGACGACACACCAGCAGAUGGUGCUGGCCCUUCUCAGAAGGUUAAUGUUCAUUUCGCCUAUUCAGUAACACUGCUUCAUCAUGGAUGCGUAGUACAUUGCGUUAUGCCCGGUGUGCCAUGGGAAAAGGCGCGUCUAUUGAAGCCAACAUUCGCGUUGCAUGGUACCCAUCAUUUGCUUGUAUUUCAGCCGGACUUAUUUGUACAUUUACUGGAUGUGGGCUUGACCCACGAACCGUGUUGUCAUAUAGUCUGCCCUGCACAUAAUCGCAACCCACUAACUCAGCUGGUGCCAUGUAAGAAAUGGGGAUCGAUGGCGUACGAUGCUGCAACUCUAGACUUGGUCUCACUGAGUGUCCCACGGGGCCACUUGAUUGAAGCUUUUCGCAACGACACGUCCGUGGAUAACCGUCUAAGUAUUAUUCAUUAUUUUCUUCUGCAUUCCAAUGAUAUGGAUGUGUUGGUGGAAUUGCUCAGCACCAUAGUGGAAAGACCGCUGUCAUUGGAUACAGUGGCGUUACUCAAGGAAGUUUUAGUAGCAGGCAGUUAUGGUUCUACGCUGCGUGGCCUGCCCGCCGAUGCAACGCCGCUUUCAAGACUUCUACCACUAACAACAGCUGAUCUCUCUCGUCCUAUUCAGGCGAGGGUUGCUGACAUCAGCGUAGGUCUGUCGCAUGAAAGUCUGUACAAUACGAAUAUGAUGCUCUUAUCUCCACAUCAGCGUUUAUCACCCUACAAUUCAGAUAUUUGGACCCGCUUGUGGGACCAUUUGAAUGAAGCAGGCAAAAAGGAGAGACGUCGUUUUAAUUCGGAACAGGUCAGUGAGAAACUUUUGUUUUCUCUCUCCUGUUAUCAACCGGAAGCACUGUCACGUUGUACAACGCCUCUAACACCUGGUGGAGCCGGGGGCAAUAACUUCAGUGAUUUUUCUACGUCUAAUAUACGCAGCUACAACGAAAUUUUACCAUUUAUUGAAAUUGAGACGUGUACAGCUACAAAGCAAGAACAUGUCGUAUCAGUGAAUAUGCGUGAAUUAAUUGUACACUUGGUAAAACACUCAGCAAAAUCCAAUACUGGCUUUCGUUGGCUGAAAGAAAAUUUUUUCGAGCGCUCUCAGGCCCCCAACCAUGUACACACUGUUGCCACACAAUAUGUGAGCUCCCAGCUGGAAUUGUCACGCGCGCUUUGCUCGCUCGUUUGCCGUGCGUCAGGUUUGGAUGCGCGGAACGAGAAAACGCGGGGCUUUCAAUUGAUCGACCAUAUGACCAAUGGCCAACAGUAUUCACUCUUCCUAAUUCUGGAGCGUUAUUGUUUGGCUGUAGACUCUAUAGCUUUUCCAUUGCCUCAGGGAUUUGCUUCAUUUUUUACUUAUCUUGGCUAUCGCGCCCUAUCUUUUGAGAUGUUUUUACAAUAUGUGGAGAAUCAUGUAUUUGAAUUGCAAGUUGAUGUCAUGAACACAAUUAUAAACGGUAUCGAUGAUGCCGCAGAUGGGGUGGAAAAUAAGCUUUCUUUGCUAUCUGCUCUUCCUAAAUCUCGAGCCCAGCGUUUACUAAAGAAUUGGUUGCAUCCAGAGAGCCUAAUAAUACGCGGCCGGCAGCAUGCAGCUAAUAUAUUGUCUGGACAGCAAGUGCAACAGCGUGCCAGUAGCGCUGGUAUAAACAUCAACACACAGGGUCGCACAUCUUUGAGAAGUGGUAUAUCUUCCGAUAUGCUGUCGCCAUUGGAUUCAUUUUUGGAUCUUCUUACCGCCAAAGCCAGCCUCAAUGAACUCGACUACAAUUUGCUAAUAGAAACCACCAUCUCAUCGAUGGAAAGGCUUUAGGCUAAGGGAUAAGCAGCGUGCUAUGCGUUUAUUACGAGAGGCAUUCCACACUAUUUUAAUUGGUCAAAAACUACUUUUGCUCGAUUUUCGGAUAUGUUGCCGAGGAGGUCCUAUAGUAUUUGUAAACGCAAAAAAAAAAAAACAAUAAUUUUUUUUCAAAAG